AUGGGAAAUCCUGCAUCAGAGAGCAAAACGGAGCUAUCUCCGCUUCCCCAGGACCUACGAGGCAAAACCGCACUAGUGACUGGCGCCUCUCGCGGUAUUGGCCGAGCCAUUGCUCUUCAGCUGGCCCGCCGAGGUGCAGUUGUUGUUGGAACUUGCUCCUCGACGGCAUCGCUAGACCAAAUUCAGUCUCUCGAACAGGCGGUGAAACAGGUGUAUAAGCCGACGGACCUGGAAGCGCCCCGAAUUGUUGGACUGGCCGCGAAUCUUCUCGACCCGCAGUUCCCCGACCUUGUGGCCAACACGAUUCGGGACGAGCUCGGCGGCAAGCUGAACAUUAUUGUCAACAACGCGUUCUAUUUCGAGAACCGCCCUGUCGGCGAGCUCGAUGCCGACUUCGUCCAGCGAAUGCUUGUUGGCAACGUGCAGUGUCUCGUACUGCUGACGGAUCGCCUUCUCAAGGAUGGACACAUCCAACCGGAAUCGAGAGUCGUCAAUAUAUCUACAGACCUCGUCCGCAGUCCUCUAGCUUUCGACCCUCUCACUGACCUUGAAAGGGGCGCCAUGUUGUACGCAUCUACCAAAGCGGCCAUGGAAUCACUCACGCGGUCUUGGGCAGACAUCUUGGCCAAAGACCCCAGGACCCUGGGUACUACUGUGAACGCACUGUCGGUUGGUGCUACAGCCACGGAUACGUUCAUCGGGAGCACCCCGCCAGAUAUGCGCGAUGCUGCGUUGAAGGCUUUGAAAGACGGAAAAUCGGUUCACGGAGGCCUUGGGCUCCCCGAGGAUGUUGCUGACGUUGUCGGUUUGCUUGUAAGCGAGGGGGCCCGUUGGAUCAAUGGCAGCGUAGUGGCGGCCAACGGCGGUGCAGUGAAGAUCCUCUAG